UUGAGGCCGACCCUUUUUAUCCCCUACCUACUUUUAACAUUAGCUGGGAAUUUAAAAGGUUUUUGGCAGCUAAUAUUUGCUUCGUUGCCUUCAAAGCGAGUAGCAGAUCCUCCCACAUCUCUCCAGAUUCAAGCAGCGAUAAGACACCUACACGGAGAGGAGACAUGGUGAGCAAAACUGAGGAAGAACAAGUGAAUAGAUUGGAAAACCAAGUGGAGAAUGGGGGAGGGGGAGCAUGGGAGUACCUCUGCCUUGUCAGAAAGCUCAAGCUCCGCCGCGCAGAUAAGGUGUUGAAGUACGGCUUCUCCGUUCUUAACGACCCCUCAAAGCGAUCUGCUCUUGGACCAGAAGAAUGGACCUUAUAUGAGCAAGUAGCUAUUGCAGCUAUGGAUUGCCAACGUCUUGAUUUGGCGAAGGAAUUUAUCAAGGUCUUACAGAGAAAGUUUCCAGAGAGUAAACGAGUUGGUAGGUUGGAAGCGAUGUUGCUUGAAGCCAAGGGGUUAUGGGCAGAAGCUGAGAAGGCUCACUCGAGCCUUUUAGAAGAUAACCAAUUUGAUCAGGUAAUACACAAAAGAAGGGUGGCAAUGGCGAAGGCGCAAGGCAAUCUUGCAGUGGCAAUUGAGUGGUUGAACAAGUAUCUUGAAAUAUUCAUGGCAGAUCAUGAUGCAUGGAGAGAACUAGCUGAAAUAUAUGUCUCUCUACAAAUGUAUAAGCAAGCAGCGUUCUGUUAUGAGGAGCUGAUAUUAUCGCAGCCAACUGUUCCGUUAUAUCACCUUGCCUAUGCUGAUGUGCUUUACACACUAGGAGGACUUGAAAAUCUUCAUGCAUCAAAGAAAUAUUAUGCGGCAACCAUAGACUUAACUGGUGGAAAGAAUAUCCGAGCUCUUUUUGGCAUAUGCCUGUGUACCGCUGCUAUUGGACAGCUGACGAAAGGGCGUAACAAGGAGGACAAGGAGAGCUUGGAGCUGCAAUCUCUCUCAGCACUGGCAUUGGAGAAAGCCUACAAGCAACGAUCCCCUGCCAAACUCUCGCUUCUUAGUUCCACUUUGAGAAGCUUGAAAGUCUCAUUGUGAUUAACAUAUCUAUUGUAGUAGCUGUUAAUUGAGUUCGGCCUACUCGAAACCUGUUUCAUGGGCCUCUUCCUAUCUGAUGAGAUCUUACGUAUAAGAGUGAGAUUGUGCCAUGUUAGGCUGACUCUUAAUGAGCUUAUAUAUUUCAGUUGCCACAUUUUAGAAAAUUACAUAUGAUUCUUUUCAUGUUUGUUGCAGUGAACAGACAAAACUAGUCAUUAAUUUCAGCAUAAAUAUUGGACGACA